UUAUCAAGUAGCUGUGUAGCACAUUUAUUACUUCAAAAUAGACAAAGAAGAAGGAAAACACGGAGAUAUGCUGUUCGACCAAUGAAUCGAAAAAGACAUGAAAACGGUCAUUUCUUUUCUUUAACUAAUAUGCUGAAUCUUGAAUACGAUUAUGAACAGUUUUUUAAAUUUACACGGUGUUCUCCGAGCCAGUUCAAUGAGUUACUUCAAUCAGUGGGACAUAAACUGCAGAAGGACACUCGAAGAAAUCCUUUUACAUUGUCACCUUCACAUCGACUGAUAUUAACAUUGCACUACUUAGCCGAGGGCUGUACAAUGCAGGAAAUUGCAAGGAAUUUUCGUAUCGGAAAAUCAACAGCACAUGUUAUCAUUAAAGAAACGUGUAAAAUCUUAUGGGAUGUUCUGCAGCCACGUGUAUUAAAACGUCCAGGUGUUGAUGACUGGAAGAACAUCGCUCAUGAAUUUUAUCAUCGAUGGAAUAUGCCAAAUUGCUUUGGAGCUAUUGAUGGUAAACACAUCAACAUUAUGGCUCCGAAGCACUCUGGAACUGAAUUCUUCAAUUAUAAGAAGUCUUUCAGCAUCGUGUUAAUGGCCAUAUGUGAUGCAUAUUAUCGAUUUACAUUUGUUGACAUUGGAGCAGCUGGUUCUAAUCACGAUUCUGUCAUAUUCAAGGAAUGUGCGUUUGGUAAAGCCUUACAAGAUCGCACUUUGAAAAUUCCAGAACCAUGCAAUCUUCCUGAAUCAAAUAUUAAAUUUAAUUACUUUAUAGUAGCAGAUCAAGCAUUUCCCCUUGACAAGCAUAUUAUGCGACCAUACCCAGGCAAUGACUUAGGGAAAAAAAAAACAUUUUUAAUUAUAGACUCUCCAGAGCGAGACGAACUAUCGAAAAUGCGUUUGGUAUUUUAGUACAACGGUGGAGAAUUUUACGGAAGGAAAUAAUUGCAUCUGUAGAAACUUGCGAAGAAAUAGUUAUGGCAACAAUAGUUCUCCAUAAUUUUCUACAAAGAGGUGCAGAGGAUAUUCCACAACAUGAAAGAAGAUAUGUUGUAACGGGACUUCAUGAAUAUAUAGAUGAAAAUGGAGUACUUCUGCACAAAGAAAUACCAUGUGAUUUACGUUCUGUUGGUUGAUUGGGAUCAAACAAUCCUUCAAAAACUGUCAAAGAUGCCCGAGAUGAAUUAGCUGACUACUUCGUAAGCGUAGAAGGUUCCUUGCCUUGGCAAUGAGAAUAUGUUCGAC